CCUAGCUGCUAUAACUCACAAGUACAAUUCUCAUUUUCUCUCUCUCACACACACAUAUAUUUCUUCUGUUGCUCCUCUUCCUAAAGAGUCAAGAUGGAUAAUCUUACUUUCAUCAUUGGAGUCAUAGGCAAUAUCAUUUCAGUUCUCAUGUUUCUUUCGCCAGUAGGGACAUUCAGAAGAAUAGUAAAGAAUGGAUCAACGGAGGAAUUUGAUAGCCUUCCAUACAUCUGUACAUUGCUUAAUUCAUCUUUGUGGACUUACUAUGGAAUUAUUAAGCCAGGGAGUUACCUUGUCUCCACUGUCAAUGGCUUUGGAGUCAUAGUUGAGACUGUCUACAUUGCUUUGUUCAUCCAAUUUGCUCAUACAAAAAUGAGAAAUAGAACAGCCAUUCUAGCUGGGGUUCUGAAUGUGGGUAUUUCUGUAACAACACUAUUGUUGGCGCAGUUCUUUUUGCAUGGACAGAUGAGAAUCAACGUUAUUGGUUUUAUGUCCACAGGUUUAAACAUCAUCAUGUACAGUUCCCCUCUUGGUGUUAUGAAAACAGUGGUGACAACCAAGAGUGUUGAGUUUAUGCCAUUUCUUCUCUCAUUCUUCUUUUUCCUAAAUGGUGGCGUUUGGACUUUGUACGCUGUGCUUGUGGCUGACUGGUUCCUUGGAGUACCAAAUGGAAUGGGACUGUUUCUGGGAGCAGUGCAGCUGAUUAUAUACGCCAUUUACCGUAACCCCAAUUCAUCAAAGCAAAUUAUCGAAGAUUUGGAACAAGCAGACCAAACGGAACGCUUACUGCCACCUUCUUCCAACCCAACUCAAGAGUAAACACAUACAGCCAAUAUGGCAAGCAUAGGGCUAUAACUCAAUACUUUGCCAAGGAUAUAGCUCAAUGCCUCCCCUAGGCUUUAUUGCUAUCUCGAUGCCUUCCCAGGACCACGGGAUGUCAUCUUCUACACCUUUUUACAAUAUGCCAACCCCAGAUAGUUCCUCAGUGCCUUCAUCCCUUAUACGUACACAUGGCACGCAUUCAACUUAUCUUGCUGCCAUGGAUCGACGUCCACCUUCAGACGCUACAUUGUCAAAGGCCAUUCAACCAGUUAGUCCACAACAUUCUAGGUCAAAUAUUGGAGCGAGCAAUUCUAGAUGUGCAAUUCCGAAGCAUCUCCUAAUCCUUCUUCGACUCCAUCUUCUGUUCAUGGUCUAGAUCUUCCACCACCUGGAGAGUUAGAUCAGCUACGAAGGGUGCGCAUUAUAGCUGAUGGGGAAGGGUUUUAUCCUUCCAGACCGGCUGCAAAUGUAAUUUCAGCAGGAAUCCAGAAACUUUAUGAUGGUUUUUAUCCGACUUGGAGUGAUGUUUCCGAUCGUACAAAACAAGGAGUCUUCAAUGAGUUUAUGAAAAGUUGUACAUGGAGUCUUUCCGAGGAUCGAAUUAUUCAAAGUAAUUUUAAGAAGAAGGCAUCUUCUCUAUUGUCAUGCAUGUUUUCUAAAGCUCGAAGUAACGUACGGCGGCCUGGAUGGCUUGGGUCAGAUUAUUGGGAUAAACUUAUUGUAUACUAGCAGUCUCCAGAAUUUUAAAAGAAGAGCAAUCAGACAAAGGCAGCUCAAAAGUCCAAGAAGGGUGGCUCAUUGGACACGUGUGGUUCGGUGUCUAUGGGGACAGCUAAGAGGAAAUUGGAAGCAUCUCUUGGUAGACCAGCCACUCGUGAAGAGAUAUGGAAGAAGACCCAUAUGAAACUUAGAAAUGGAAAAGAAGUUUGGGUCGAGACACGGGCAGUGGACACCUAUGUUCAUUCUUGGCUGAGAAAUGUUGCAAAUACAUUAAUGGCUAUCAAGUCCCCAACCACGAACUAUUGGGACAAGAAACAAGAGAGACACCAUAGCCAAAAAUACAUAAAAUUUGGAUAACUCCAUUUUUGUUGUACUUUCAAACUCAAAAGUAGUCUAAGUCUUACUUAUAAUUUAUUUUAUACCAUUUAUUAUAUACUAAUCUUACUUUUAAUGUAGAAUCGAUACAUUCAAGCAAUUGAAGAGCUAAAAAAGAAUCGCCCGAUAGAUGAUCAAGGCAAUCCAAUCAUGCUAUCAGGGGAGGAAACUCUCUCCUGGAUAUAGUUGGCGGCGUGUAUAAGGGAAGGGCAUACGGUUUUUGCUCCGAGAAGAACUUUCAUCGCCUCCAGUGUGGAUUACAAGGUAUAGGGGGCUCUGCCACCAUGCUAGAUAAGCAGCUUGAGGAGACGCGACAGGAAAUUCGGGAGCUUGCUAGGAAAUACGAGGAGGAACGAAAAGAAGGAUGGAUGAGUAGCGACGUAGGAAGACACUUGAGUCAGACGUCCAAGAACUCAAGCCUCAAGUAAAUACGUUAAUCAAGUUUCCUCGUUCUCCGCCCCCUAGCUCUGAUGAUGAUGGCGAAGAGGAUGAGGAUGAUGGAGAGGAUGAAAUGGAUUAUUAGGUGGUGUUUUAGUUUUGGAUUCUGAUAAUUUGGAGAGUUUGAAACAAUGUAUUUUGCUACUUGUUUGCAUACUUCUUUUUAUACUUGUUUGGAUACUAUUUAAGUUGGAUGAAUAUGUGUGAAGUUUGGUUGCUUAAUUUUAAUGUUUGAAUUGUUUCGGAAGCA